UUCGCGUGACGUCAUCCUCCCUGGUUGCCAGGCAACGCAAACUCUACUGCGGGGGAUAAAGAUGGCGGGUCAAAGUAUCUCAGAGGUUUACUUUGCUGUCUGCGCUCAACAUCAAAUAAAAAUAAACCCGCACGUCUUAGAAGUUUUAAAGAAGACGAGAACAACCGAGAAUGUGACUUUAAACCUGUCAGGAAACGACAGACUGAGACACAUUCAGAGACUCGAUGAUGACGACGUUCUUGCUCUCACCAAAUGUCUGAGCAACAACAUGAGUGUGACAGGGCUUGAUGUCAGCUACAAUAACAUAACAGAUGAAGGUGCCGGACACCUUGCUGAUCUCUUACAGGAAGGAAACUCAGCUCUGAACCGUCUGGAUCUGAUGUUCAACGACAUCCUGACAGAUGGAGCUGAAGCCCUCGCCAAGAGCCUGCAGGGAAACAGCAGCUUGUUGUCUCUCAGGCUGUCAGGUAAUAAGAUCGGGAACAGCGGGGCGAUGCACCUGGCCAGCACGCUGCAGGUAAACAACACGCUGCAGGAGCUGCAGCUGGCUGACUGCGACCUGGCCACUCAGAGCGUGAUGGCGCUCACCAUCGUGUUGAAGAGCAACAAGAGUCUUCGCUCUGUCGAUAUCAGCCGGCCGCUGCUCUUCAGCCACCAGGAGGAGUGGGCGGUGCACCUCUCUGAGAUGCUGGCGGUGAACAGCAGCCUGGUGGAGCUCCACCUGGGGAAGAUGGGGAUGACGGACAGCGGGAUGGAGAGGCUGACUGAAGGCCUGCAGCUCAACCACAGCCUGCGCUACCUGGACCUGCGCUGUAACCGUGUCACUCGGGACGGCGUGCGCCAUCUCGCUGAGGUGCUGAAGAAGAAUCCGACCCUGGAGGUCUUGGAUCUGUCGUCCAAUCGUAUUGAAGACGAGGGCGCGGUGUACCUGAGCGAGGCUGUGACCCGGCCAGGCUGCAUCCUGAGAGAACUGUCAGUCCGCAGUAACAACAUCAGGACGGAGGGGCUGCUGUCUCUGGCUAACACGCCUCUAACACACAUCUACAUCUGGGGAAACCACCUGGAGGAGCCUGUGUGCCGGGCCUUUAAACAGCUGAUCGCCAGCGGCCGCCUGCUGCCGGAGCAGACAGACGUCAGCGCGUACGAGGUGGACGGUCACGUGUUUCUGGCUGAAGUCUUCAACGGUUUGAGGCGACACUAUUACAGCACGGACACACACUCUGACUCCAACACCGCAACAGACACACACUCUGACCCCAACACCGCAACAGACACACACUCUGACCCCAACACCGCAACAGACACACACUCUGAUCCCAACACCGCAACAGACACGUCUACAACCAACACCGCCAGCGCUGACGCCACCGUUCCAGCACACAUCCUGGAGCAGCCGCUGGUUCCUCUGCAGUCCUGCUAAACCUUCAUUAACCUCAGAGGCUCCUCACUAACAGCAGUAUCCCAGCAGCUUCAGCCAAAAACAAACUAAAAUGCACAUAAAUGUUAAAAGA